AUGGUGGCUCCACCUUCAACAGGACCAGGUGGGAGUGCCUCUGGUCUGCCAGUAGGGAAGCCAAAGGAUCCAGCCCGCAUGUCUGCUCCUAUCCCGCCGCAGAUGCCUCCGCCUAUCCCAUACAGUGCCAGAAGGGCAGCCGCAUUAGAUUUGAAGACUGUCGAGCGCAAAGGUCAUCCAUCGUCCCGCCAUUCUCCUGCCCGCUCAAGGCCGCAUGGCUUGCCCGAAGCCCCUACCUUUAGACCGACCGACGUCGAAUUCCGCGAUCCUAUGGCCUAUCUACAAAGCAUAUACGAGCAAGCCAGUAAACAUGGCAUCUGCAAAAUAAUCCCACCAGAGGGCUGGAAUCCUGACUUCGCAGUCGAUACCGAGAGGUUCCACUUCCGUACACGGCGACAAACCAUCAACGAGACGGAUGGCGGCAAUAGAACGAAUUUACAAUACCUCGAUCAGUUGGCCAAAUUCCAUCGCCAAUAUGGUACUCAGCUCAAUAGAUUCCCCAGCGUCGACAAGCGUCCACUAGAUCUCUACAAGCUGAAAAAAGCCGUUGAAGUCCGAGGGGGCUUUGAGAAAGUCUGCAAGGACAAGAAAUGGGCUGAGAUCGGACGAGAUCUGGGAUACAGUGGCAAGAUCAUGUCAUCGCUAUCGACAUCGCUUAAGAACUCGUACCAGCGAUGGCUUCAUCCGUACGAGUCCUGGCUCACUGCUUCCAAAAAUGGUGGUCAGCCUAUGGAUUUUGAAUAUCACACUGCAGCUUUCUCGCCUUCGGUAUCACAACAUCAAUCGCCCAUGCAACAUCCUCACUCUCAAUCAGCUCCCCCAACCGAGUCACCGGCUGUGCAGGCGUCCAUCGCUUUGAAUUCGUCCGUUCACCCACAAGAUCAGAGCAUGCAAUCCUCGCAGAUGCCACACCAACCUCCUCCACGACCAAUAUCGUCCUCGGGCUUCACUGCCGUCAAUUCUGGAGGCUUUCCUGCCGUUAAUCAACCUGGAGGAUUUGUUGCUGUCAAUCAGCAGCCACCGCCACCAAUCAAGAGCGAAGCAGGUACGUCAAUGCCGGCUGCUCCGGUCUACGGCAACGGCUUCCAGGCCGUGAACGGUGCACCAACCCCUUAUCGGAUGCCUGACGGUAGUCCGAUAGCUAAUGGCGUUUCGAAUCCGCUGAAGCGUACCAUGAGCCACGAGAGUCUGAACGGAGAGUCUGGCUCUGAUGGUCUGGACGAACAGGGUCGUCGAAGCAAGCGUCCAAGGAAAGAAGGCGGACCUAUUCCCGGCAACCACAUUCCUGCCAUGCGUCCAUCUACGCCUCAGACAAAGGCAAGAUCAACAUCCCGUAAGAACGGCGACAAAUGCGAACGGUGCGGCAAGUCGGAAGAUCAAUCCAAUAUCAUGGUUUGUGAAAGCUGUGAGCUUGGCUACCAUCGCUACUGCGUCGAUCCGCCUUUACCGACAAUGCCAGACUUCGAAUGGAACUGUUCCAAGUGUCUCAUUGGUUCCAACGACUAUGGCUUCGAAGAAGGUGGUGUGUACUCACUUAAGGUAUUCCAAGAGAAAGCCAAUAACUUCAAAGAGCACUACUUUGCCACCAGAAUGCCAUUCGAUCCUGUAACAGGGACCAACAGACGUCCAAGCGAGGACGAUGUUGAGCGGGAAUUCUGGCGCCUGGUGGAAGAUAUCACCGAGUCGGUCGAGGUUGAGUAUGGUGCAGACAUCCAUUCGACGACUCACGGCAGCGGCUUCCCUACCGUCGAGAAGAAUCCGCUCAAUCCAUACUCGAGAGAUCCUUGGAACCUCAACGUCAUGCCGUUUCUGGAGGAGUCUCUCUUCCGUCACAUUAAGGGUGAUAUCUCCGGCAUGACUGUUCCCUGGCUCUAUGUGGGCAUGUGCUUUUCAACGUUCUGUUGGCACAAUGAGGAUCAUUAUGCAUACUCUGCCAACUACCAACAUUUUGGCGCCACCAAGACGUGGUAUGGCAUUCCAGGAAAAGACGCGCAUGCCUUUGAAGCUGCAAUGCGUAAAGCAGUACCAGAGCUGUUUGAGAGCCAGCCAGAUCUGUUGUUCCAAUUGGUAACCAUUCUGCCCCCAGAUCAACUGCGAAAGGCUGGUGUUGAGGUCUACGUGUUGGACCAGAGGGCGGGUGAAUUCGUCAUUACCUUCCCACAGGCCUACCAUGCAGGCUUCAACCACGGUUUCAACUUCAACGAGGCAGUCAACUUCGCACCGGCUGACUGGGAACCCUUCGGUGAAGCUGGCGUACAGCGAUUGCGCGAAUUUCGAAAGCAGCCAUGCUUCUCCCAUGAUGAGCUGCUAUUUACCGCCGCAGGAGCAGAUACAAGCAUCAAAACAGCCAGGUGGCUGGCACCUGCUCUUCUGCGAUCACGAGAUCGAGAGCUUGCAGAACGAGAUUCCUUUGUCGAGAAGCACAAAGCGCUUCAUCCUCAUCCCGACUGCGCAUACGAUACAUUGGCACCCGAGCCGCCGUCAGAAUGCGGCUUGAUCAUCACAGUCGAGGACAAGGAGCUUCAGGAGGAAGAGUACCAAUGCCACUACUGCAAAGCAUACACCUUUUUGUCACAAUUCAGGUGUCACAGCAGUGGCAAAGUCAGCUGUCUGUUGCAUCCUGAGGUUAUGGACUGCUGCGGCGAACCGCCCGAGCAGCGCCUUAGGGGCUCGACUCACAGUUUAGUCGUACGAUUGGCCAAUUCAGAGCUUGAGGACCUUGUACAAAAGGUCUCGGACAAAGCUGGUGUGCCCGAAGCCUGGGAAACCAGGCUCGAAAAUCUACUCGAAGACGAGCCCCUACCACCAUUGCGAACCCUGCAAACGCUACUUUCCGAGGGCGAGAAGAUUCCCUUCCCUCUAGCAGGCCUAGACGAUCUCAGCGAGUUUGUCAAAGAAUGCAAUGCUUGGGUCGAUGAAGCCAAUUUAUACACAACUCGAGGGAGUAGACAGAAUAGGCGCAAGAGUGAGAAGGCGAUGCGACGAUCGUCCGCCAAAGGCAAAGACGGCGAUAAAGACGACAGUCAGCUCACUCUGGAGCGUAUGAAGAAGCUGAUUGAGGAUGGCCAGAAAUUGGGCUUCUCCGCGCCUCAACUGGACUUGCUUAUCGAGAAGCUCAGAACUAUGGAUGACUGGCGACUCAAAGCGAAGCCACUGUGCUCAGGCAGGUCACAAGCCAGCCUUGAGGAGCUUGCAGCGAUGCUCGAAGAGGGCCGAGGUUUCAUGGCAGCAAUGCCCGAGUUGACGGGUCUCGAAAAGCUUCACAAUCGCCAACGAUGGUACGAACAGGUUGACACUAUACGCCGAGAUAUGUCGAAUCAAACCUUGGAUGAGUGCAAGAGCAUUCUCGAGCAGGCGAACGAACUCGACAUUGAUCCUCGUGCGCACGAUAUCUGCUUCAUGACAGAUAUUGUACGGCAAGGUGAUUUCUGGGAGACCAAAGCCAAAGAGGUCAUGUCAGCUGAAGAUGUGCACUAUCCACAACUCGAGUCGCUUCAUACGCAGGUGCAGAAUCACACUUUUCCGGUCAACAAAGACACUCUCGCGCAAAUGGAUGCGAUCUUGGCCAAGAAUCGUGAGGCCAAACGUCAAAUUAUCACUCUUGUUGAGCGAAGCCAUGAUCCAGACUUCCGCAAGCGACCCUUCUACGUCCAUGUGCGAGACGUUGUCAAAGGCUUAGAGGAUCUCAAUGGUAAGCCUCAUGGAACAGCUGAUCUGGAGAAGGAGCUACGACGGCAUGAAGACUGGAUGAGGAAGGGCAAGAAGCUAUUUGGCAAAGCCAACGCACCUCUUCAUAUUCUUGAGCAGCACAUGAAGUUCGUGGAGGAGAAGAACAGCUUUUGUUUCGACCUGAACGACACCUUUCGGCCACCCGUCGAGCCUGCCUCCCGCGAAGCUAGCCCUGCCGAAGGGCAAGAAAAGGGGCAUCUAGGAGACGAUGAAAAGCCUGUGUUCUGCAUCUGCCGCCAGCCGGAAGCCGGCCUUAUGAUUGAAUGCGAAAUAUGUCACGACUGGUACCACGCCAAGUGUCUGAAGUUGGCACGUGGUAAAGUCAAGGAGACUGAGAUGUUCACUUGCCCAAUCUGUGACUGGCGAGUCAAGAUUCCCCGCGAUGCUGCACGUCCCAAGCUGGAAGAUCUGCAAGCAUGGCAAGACGAAUUGGCCGAGCUGCCGUUCCAGCCAGAGGAAGAAGAGCUCCUUCGGCGGAUUGUGGACAAAGCACAAGGGUUCCGGGACUUCCUUGGCAACUACACCAACGGCACCCAGAUUUGCCGGACUAUUGAGGAGAUGCCAGAAAUGCUCUUUUAUCUGCGCAAAAUUGAGGGCGCGGAGGUGCUUCUAGCAUACGAAACAAAUCUGUUCAGGCAGGAGCUGCACAAAUGGCAGCCUAUUGCACCCGAGCCACCGCCAAUCCUCAAUGCCAGCUUGUCGACACGAAAGCCACGACCGACCAAGCAGCAGAAGCUGAUGAAGGAGCUCGGCGUCGAGAAACCUGAGGACUUGCCUCCCCAUUUGCGCACCAAAACUUACACGCGGCGUAAGACUCAAGACGCAUUCGCUCCACCCGGAACACUGAUGCCCAAGCCUUCGACACAAUCCCCGGCGCCUGGAUCGGCCUCUAGUCCCGGACCGUCUCAACAAGGCCAAGGCAGAUCAGCAACACCUGCUGGCAUGCCUCGAACAGCAUCAACUGGCAAUGUGCCAACCAACGGCGCCUUCGGUGCUGGAGUGAUAGGUGGUACGAACCCAGACACUUCGUUUGAUAACGACUACGCGUCUGGUGCUCCCGAACCUUUCGCUGCGAAUCCGCCAUCCCCAAUGUUUAGCCCUACCCAAGAGGCACGCCCUAUCAUGACGGGUGGCUUGGCAGAGGGACGCAGCAAUGAUGGUGGCCACGAUCCAUCCUUUCCUACCUUCAGACCAAGCCUAGGCCUGGAUGGAGAUGAUGACAUUCGGAACGGUCUCGCAAAUGCGGAAAAUCCUGGUGUGGGAGCCAGUCCAGGGCCACCACCACCUGCCAGCGAAUAUGAUAGUAUGUUCAUGGAGAUGACGGAUCCUGACCGCGAGGUUGAUGCGGAGGUCACUAACGCUAACGAACCUGUUCCAAAUCUUGAACAUGAGGCUAGCCACGCAAGUGAGGCACUAGAGAUGAUGACGAGCAAUGGAGGCGGUGACGAAGAUGUGGGUUUGGAGGAUGAUGAGAGUGUCGAGAAGCAAUUCGAUGACUUCUUGAGCGGCGCUGGUGGAGAACAAGAAUAG